AACAUGUUCGCACAUGGUAUAAAUUACAAGUGAACAGGAAUUGUAAGCUGCAGAUAUUGUGACAGUACACAUAGUCGCUCGUAAACAACAUUCAUCACUCUACUUAUUCUUAGAGGCAAUAGAAUAGAAAUAAAAAUGUCAGAACGAAGGCGGAAAAUAAAAGGAGUUCGGAAAAUGUUACGACAGUUAGCUAACAUUCUUGAGUCCUUGGCUAAUCCUAUUACGCCACCAUCAAGUCCUAAAUCAAAAAAUAAAAUGGCGGAAGAAACAACGCCAUCUAAACUGAAUCGAGCUGGAUCUCUGCAAGCGAAGCGCAAGCCAGAAGAUUUUAUAUUCGGAAAAGUUAUAGGAGAAGGAUCUUUCUCGACUGUGAUAUUAGCCAAAGAAGUAAGCACUGAUAAACAAUAUGCAAUUAAGGUGUUGGACAAGCAGCAUAUUAUACGAGAAAAUAAAGCGCAGUAUGUUCAUCGGGAAAAGAGCGUCCUGUCGAAACUCAACCACCCAUUCUUCGUCAAACUCUACUAUACAUUUCAAGAUAAAGAUCGCUUAUAUUUUGUUCUGAGUUAUGCAGGCCGUGGAGAACUGUUAGACUACAUACAGAAGCUAGGGUCCUUUGAUGAGAACUGUACGAGGUUCUACGCUGCAGAAGUUGUCUCAGCUCUAGAACAUUUACAUGGACUCGGAAUAAUACACAGAGAUUUGAAACCAGAAAAUAUUUUGUUUAAUGAGCAGAUGCAUAUACAAAUCACAGAUUUUGGCUCAUCAAAAAUACUGAAAACAGACCAACUGGGAGAAGACUCUCAAGAUGGAUCCCAGGUUGCCCCCGGACAGAAACGUAAGAACUCAUUUGUUGGUACAGCGCAGUAUGUCUCACCAGAGGUCCUCACUAGUAAAAAAGCAUAUUAUAGUUCUGACUUGUGGGCACUUGGGUGUAUCAUAUACCAGUUACUAUCAGGAUUGCCACCUUUUAGAGGAGGGCAUGAAUACCAAAUCUUCCAAAAAAUUACCAAACUAGAAUAUGAGUUCCCUGAAGGUUUCAGUCCGACUGCGAGAGACCUCGUGGAAAAAUUAUUGGUAUUAGAACCUGAGGGAAGAUUAGGCUGUGAAGAGAUGGGUGGUUUUGAUAAAUUGAAAAAGCAUCCAUUCUUUGAAGGAGUUGACUGGAGCAAUCUCUCCAAACAGAAACCUCCACAACUAGUACCUUUCCUACCUGCCAAAGAUAAAGACUCAGAGAGUGUUUGGAGUACUCAAUAUAAACCUGGCUUAGAUGAUCAAAAGUUCUCAGAGUUGAUAGGCCUAGAGAUCAGUGCAGAAAAUACAGAGGAAGAGUCAAAGAAGGCCACAGAAUUAAUGUCACAAGAAAAAAGGGCCCAAUUAUUAGAGGAACAAAAGAGCAACGAAUAUAACCGUUUUGUUGAGGGGAAUCUUAUACUAAAACAAGGCCUAGUAGAUAAACGAAAAGGCUUAUUUGCGAGAAGGAGAAUGUUCUUAUUAACCGAGGGUCCACACUUAUACUAUGUAGACCCAGCAAAUAUGGAACUAAAGGGACAGAUUCCAUGGUCUAAAGAGUUGAGGCCAGAAGCCAAGAACUUUAAAAUAUUCUUUGUACAUACACCAAAUAGAACAUACUAUUUAGAAGAUCCUUCAGGGAAUUCACUAAAAUGGUGCGACAAGCUAGAAGAAGUUUAUCAGCAAUACUACGGUCCUAGGCCAACCUCUGACACAAACAAUACAUAGGACUAGUCACUUUUAUAGAAUUUUCACUUUUAUAUAGUAAUACAUGUCUACUCAAGAAUACCAUUUGUGGCAGUUAGAACAUAGCAUGUGAAAGUGUACAUGUAGAUGAAUGGAUUAAGGAUGAAUUUGUCAGUUCAUUCCCUAGUGGAACAGCCAAUAAAAGGCAUAAGCUCACAGUGUCAUAUUAUGUACAAAUGAUUUAUUUAUUGUAUAUAUAAGCAAUGUUAACACAUCUUGAGUGCAAUUACAAUGUAUAAUGUUCACAAUGGGUUUAUGACUAGUGGUUUUACUCAUAACUUCAGAGGCAAGAUUUCGUUAAAAAUGCCAUCAAGGCCCGUGAAAGGCCCCAUGGAAAGAGAAAUUUAUUUAUUUAUGCCCUGGUUUAGAUUUUUGGGAUAUUUGAAUUUUUUAGUGUUUUUCACUAAACAUUUGAAUAUACUACAUGUAUAUAAGUUUGGGGAUGGGGUUAUUCCUUUUAACAACUCCAUCAUGUAAUCUGGAUAGAAAUCAUGACAUAAUGAUGAGAGAAUUUAUAUCAACUCAUAGGGUUUCCCAAAUGAGUUUCUUGCUGAUACAUGUACCUCAGUUCAUUAGGAAUGGUUUUAAAAUUCUGUGUUGACAGCGACAUUGAAUUAACAAAUUUAAAAAAAAUUAUUUUUAUCACUCUUAUAGCUCAAAGAUUUGAAGGACAAAUAUUUCCUUCACAUCAUUUUUAUUCCUUCAGCCAUGUUACAAAAUGAGAAAGAUAAUAGUGAAUAUAAAAACAAAUAUUUCAUUCUGUUUUGAGGAAACACUUUCAAAUGUUAUAUUACCUUUGCCCGUCGUAAAAGACUUAUAGUUAUGAUAGGUUUUCUUCUCAAACAAAUGAAAUACUUGUAAUCUGAGCUGUAGGUUGGUAAGUUAAAAAAAAUACUUGUGACCAUGUAUGUUUUCAAGGCAUUAUGUUUAAGGGAUUCAUUUCAAAUAAUUUAUAUAGAUGUAGAGUCGUAGACCUCAUUUGUUUUGGUACAUUUAGUAAUUUUGAAUGUUCCCAGGUAUUUAUCACAGAUCCUAGAACUAUGCAGGCAAAAAAUUGAAAUUAUUUAGCAAAAAACACAAAAUUAUGCAGGGGAAAAAAAAUUUAAAAAUCUAUAUUUCUAGUAAAUAAAAAUGUCCUUGAAUUUUGACAGCAUUUCGGUGAUCGACGAUUUGAACUUUUUACGAGUCUUUGUUAAGUUUAGACAUUAUUUACAUAAUAUUAAUAAUUAUGAAGAUGAUGAAGUAGUGAAACAUCAGGUGAGAAGAUAUUCUUUGAGAAAAGCAUAAAUUACGCAAAAAUAAUGUGCUUAUGAGUGAACAAUACAGCAU